ACCCCAAGACGUCAUUGUAAUGCGGACAUUUUAAAACGAGUUCAAUCGACUUCAUCAUGACAUCGAAAAGGCAACAGGGCGGGUGUACAGAGUCAAACAAGAAGAAAAAGAAGACAAAUAAUCGUGAAGAAACACCAGAAAUUUGCCCUGUCGUUAGAGACGAGAACGUGAGGAGGACAGUGAAGGAGGCGUGGAGCCAGAAGUCCCACUAUAUUCACGGUGAUCUAGAGGUGGACUGCCUUCCUUUCCCUCACUGUAUCAUUAAAAACUUCAUACACAGUGAGAAUUUCUUGGAGGGCCUGCAGAAAGAACUGUUGACACUCAACUUUCACAACAAAUCUAAUGAUCUAUACAAAUUUAAACAGUCUGAUGACCUGAGAAAGAGAACAGAGCCAUGCAUUGCAGGGCUAAGGUCAGCACUGUUUGGACAAUUCCGGCUUUGGCUUGAGGAAGUUUUGGGGGUCAAAUUGGAGCCCACUGUGGAUAUUUCUUGUGCCAAAUAUGAAUACACAGAUGUUCUUUUGUGUCAUGAUGAUGAACUGGAGGGGAGGCGUGUUGCUUUCAUUCUCUACCUCGUGCCUCCAUGGCAGAGCAGCGAUGGGGGAUCCCUUGAUCUUUACGAAACAGAUUGUCAUUACCAACCACAGAGUGUUGUCAAGUCACUCGUGCCUUCUUGGAACACACUCAUACUUUUUGAAGUGUCUCCAGUCUCCUUUCAUCAAGUAUCCGAGGUUUUGUCAGAGGACAAAUGUCGUCUCUCUCUAAGCGGCUGGUUUCAUGGACCAUCACUGGAACGUCCGCCUCGCCACAUAGAACCUCCCAUCACACGGAAUCCACACUUACCAAGAGACGAGACACUGCUGCUAGAGUGGAUCAAUCCAUUGUACUUGGAUAUUUCCUACCAGGAGAACAUUCAAGGAGAGUUUGAAGACAAUUCAGAAAUCCAGCUUAAAACUUUUCUGAGGGAGGAGAAAUUCAGUCAAGUGAGUGAAGCUCUACGGCUCGCUCAGAUUCAGUGGACGAGGAAAGGUCCCGCCAAUAAGAGAUGCUAUGAAGCAGCCUGUCUGGACACCUUGCCUGAGUGUGUUAGUGCUUGUUGGGAGCUGCUUCAUUCAGAGGCCUUCUUCCUGCUCCUCUCCAACUUUACUGGCCUUCGGUUGCAUUACCUGUGUCCUGCUGAUGACGACGACGACGACGACAACGACGAUGAUGAUGAUGACAGUGACAGUGAAAAAAAAGAGGAAGAGGCUGCAGAAGCCGCUGGCUCCCCAAAUGAAACGGCAGUUAAAAGCAAAGAGCCGAGUACACCUCAGUGUUGCGGAGAGCUGCGACGAUGGUCCCAUGGGAGCUACACUCUACUGCAUGAUGGCGAGGCAGCACGAGCAGAAUAUGCACUAGAUCUCAUUUUGCCUUUCAGCUGCACAGGUCUGGAAACAAACUGGGUCACUCCGUCACCUUCACUUUCAGCUUUCUCAGCAAGGCACCUGUCAUCUUGGUAGUGUGUUUGGGCUCCUAAUCUUGUUGGAAAACUGCCAUGUGUUCCAGUUUCCCAGGGGAAAAUACUCUGCUUCAGAAUAUCGCAGUACAUGUUGGAUUUCAUGUUUCCGUCAAUGAACCGCAGCUCCAGAGUGCCGGUAACACUCAUGCAGCCCUAGACAUGGUGCUUCCAUCACCACUGUUGACUGUAGGCAGAUACAAUUGUCUUGAUACUUGCUUGUGAUACCAGCUAUUUAGGCAAUAAUGUGUAUAAUAAUAAUAUAAUAGUGACAAGAAUUAAGGCUCAUUCAGAAUUAGUGGGUGCGGCUUAAACACCAGUGCGUCUUAUACACUGGAAAUUACAGUAAAAUUUUGACUCCAUCAUGUAGCCAAGUAAGACAACAGCAACAUUUGAAACAGCUCUCAGUAAGAUACAGGGCAUCACUACACCACUGCACACUAGAGUCACAAUGAUAAAUGAUUUAUUAAAUGAAUACUUCUCGGAUAGUGUCAGUCAAACCUGAGCAUUAUAUCUAGUAUCACCAAGAGGAGUUCAAUCCUGGAAAGAGGGGCAUAGGCAUCAGAGGAUAACUGUAUGGAUGAAAACGAUGACUGAUUAAUAUUUUUU